AUACUGGCCAUAGUCUCCCCUAGUCAGACCAUGACAGAAGGAAGGAAACCAAUCGUUCCUACGCUGGCCAGUUGAAAUGGAGGGAACGCAUGAAUCAUUUGAAUGCGGCGGCAAAAGUGAUGGGUAAUUACAUAAGCUACUAGGAGUUACAACUGAAUUAAGAUUAAGUUCAUCGCUGCCAUUUACUCCAAUGUCUUCCAUCGGUCCUCAAAUUCCAGCACAUCUCCUUCCAUCCAUCGCGUCGGCCGAGGAUUCUGACGAAGAGGACGACUACACACCCUCUCUGCCACCCGACCUUGCUGCUUCCCGCACAGCUGGGCCUUCAUUGCCCUCAACGAGCGAAUCGAAUACACCGCCCCCGAAACGACAAUACGUAGGACCAUCAUUACCUCGCCCGCAAGCUCCUUAUGAUGAUGACUCGGAUUCAGAUGUCGGGCCUCAACCGCUUCCAGCUGCCUAUGCUUCGCGAGUAGAAGGAAAGUCAGGUGUGGAAGAGUUUCUAGAGAGGGAGGAAAGGAGAAGGAAACUUCAGGAGGAAGCGAGCAAGCCGAAAAAGCUUCAGCGGGAGGAGUGGAUGCUUGUACCUCCAAAAAAAGGCGACUUAUUGGCGUCACUUGACCCUACGAAAGCCAGGCCUCGUCAGUUUGCACGUAGCGCUGCACCAUCGCGGGACGAUUCUGGAUCUUCCCUUUGGACUGAGACACCUGCUGAAAAACAACAACGUCUUGCUGACGAAGUUGCUGGACGGAAACGACGGGCAACAAACGCAGAGCCAGAAGAGGAGUCGCAUGACGCAGCCAAGCGACGGCGACAGGAUGAAGAGAUACGCAGAGGAGUUGAUGAGCACACAGUAUGUUUCCUUUCAUUGCUGGUCAGUUUGAAACGGAACUUGAGCGUUAUUUGCCAGCGCAAGGCUCGUGGUUCAGCCCUUGUCCAGUCACAUAUAGAACGAGAAAAAGAGGAAGAGAAGCACAGGCCAAAGCAGAGCGAACCCUCGGUUAUCUGGGAUCACGAACGCGAUAUGUCUCUAGGUGGACGGCUUAUGGACGAUAAACAGAGGCAGAAGAUGCUUCGGGAUGCCAAAGGACUCGGAGAGCGUUUCGGCAGUGGGCGCAGCGGAGGUUUUCUGUAAGUUCAUGACACUGCCAAAGACGCUGGAACUCCUUCGAG